AGCCUUUGGCUUAAGAUUGGUCGGCCGUCGUGAGGCUAAAGACUGGCCUCUAAGCGGUUUGCUUGCCAUGGCGCUCUUGAACAUGUUCAGCCGCGAGGAAUAUCCCAAUGGCGACUCGUAUGAGGGUGAGUUCAAACGAGGAGCUCGGCAUGGGCCUGGGACCUACUAUUGUGUUGAUGGCGGCUUCUACCAGGGUGAGUUCUACGAGGGCAUGAUGCAGGGGACGGGGACCUUCUACUAUGCCAAGAAGGAGUCCUAUGAUGGCCAGUGGCUGAAGAGCAUGCGGCAUGGAUAUGGGAAAUUCACUUAUCAUGAUGGCGCAGUGUAUGAAGGGCGAUGGGAGGCCGACUUGAGGCAUGGACAAGGUCUCAUGAAGUAUCCGGAUGGUUCAGCUUACAAUGGCAACUGGUCCGAGGAUCAGCGGCAUGGCCAGGGUCAGAUGAGCUUCGGAGAUGGUGCGCAGUACAGUGGUGGCUGGCAGCACGAUGCCAGAUCUGGAUAUGGAUCUUAUCGAUUACCCAAUGGCAGCUGCUAUGAUGGAGACUUCAAAGCCGACAUCCCCGAAGGAUCUGGAAAGCUGCACGAUGCGGACGAAGAGAGCGACUACGUCGGAGAGUUUCAUCAUGGUUUGAGGGCUGGGACUGGAAGUUGCACUUACAAGGAUGGGGACAAGUUCUCAGGCGAGUGGCGGGACGGCGUGCGAGUGCAAGGACUCAUGUUCCGAGCCUCUGGAGACGUUGAGAAGGUGGGAUAUUUGAACGACAAAGUCGUGAGACGCGAGAAGCUCUCGAAGGCAGAGAUGGAAAAGAUGAGACAGAAAGAUGGUCCAAAGGAGGAAGCUCCUAGUUCUGGCAGUCUCAAUGUUUUGCAUGUGGAUCAGGUCGCAUCUCUUGGUACAUCCGGCCCCGCAGAGGCCACAGUGCCAUAGGCUGAGACAUGCAUUUUGGGAGGGCACACGUUGCCAAGCUCUUGCACAGCUUCGUGUUGUGUUUCACCCUUCACUGGUGGUCUCUUUCAAAGUUCCUCAAGGAACUUCGGGCUAGGGCGACCGGGCUGAAAAAUGUGCAUGUGUCCAUGUGCGUACAGUAGAGCAGCUGAUAGUAGACAAACAUUCCUCAC